AUGGACGCGCGUGUCCCCGCGGGGCCGGGCGGCUGUCCCCGCGUGUCCCCGCCCGCGGACGGCUCCAGGGUGCCGCUGCGCGGGGUGUCACCGCUAACGCGCGACUGCUUCAUCAAAGCUCCGACCCGUCAAAAGCAGAGGGGGGGCCGGGCCGGGCCGCCCCUCGCGUUCGUGUCCGCGGGAGUGGGGCAGAGCGGCGGUGUUCCCCCGCUGCCACCGUGUGGGGGUUUUUUCGCGUGUGGACACGUCCUACGGCAACCCUGUCUUAUUUUAGACGAUCCAGACCUGAAAGAUAUUGACCCUACAGUAUUAAAACAUUGCCAUGCUGCGGCUGCAACAUGUAUUCUGGAGGCAGGGAAGCAGAAAGCUGACAUAUCUGCUAUAAGCACAUGUCUAGAAGACUGUAAACUGGAUAAAGAGAGAAUAGAACAAUUUUGCACCGAAUAUCAGAAAAACAAGGAUGCAUUGGAAAUCCUGUUGGGAAGCAUAGGCAGAUCUCCUCUCCAUAUAACUGAUGUGUCUUGGCGCUUGGAAUAUCAGAUCAAGAACAAUCAACUUCAUAAAACUUAUCAGCCUUCCUACUUGGUGACCUUAAAUGUAGAGAACAGUGAUUCAGGAUCACACCCAGAUGUUAGUUUUAGUUGUACGAUGGAGCAAUUACAGGAUUUAGUUGGAAAACUAAAAGAUGCUGCAAAAAGUCUAGAAAGAGCGACUCAGAUGUGAUUGAAGGAAGGUGUCAGCCUGCUGAGCUGAAGUACUCUCAUUCCUAAGAGUGUCUCCUAAAUGACAAAUGUCUUUCAUCUCUUGAUGCAAACUGUCCUUUUUUUUUUAAGUCCUUGGAUGUGAAUUAAAUGAAACAACUUUUUUACGUCCGCAUUUGGUAUUCCUUGCUCAUGUAAUUUUUUUUUUAUUAAUUCUUGUUAAGUAUUUGCUUAACUGUCACGUCAUCAAAGCAUUCCUUCUGUCUUAUUUUGUAUAUUUUUACAUUUGUCGCUGCUUAUUUUUCUCUGUUAUCUAAUAAAAGUUUAUUCGCGCCUGUUCUGCAA